AUGCCAUUGUGGGCGCAUAACUCAUGGGUAUGUCUCUUCGCCGCCAUGCUGGCUGUCGCUAUCGGAGGAAAUGCUAUUGUCAUUUGGAUUGUUACAGCUCAUCGGAGAAUGCGGACAGUCACGAACUACUUCCUGGUAAACUUGUCCUUUGCUGAUCUGAUGAUGGCUUCUCUAAAUUGUCUCUUCAAUUUUAUCUACAUGUUGCACAGUGACUGGGUGUUUGGAGUGCGGUAUUGUCAGCUAAGUAACUUCAUAGCUAAUGUCACUGUCGCUGCCAGCGUGUUUACAUUGACGGGAAUCUCUUUUGAUAGGUAUCAAGCUAUCGUGAGGCCAAUGCGACCCAGAAUGUCAAAAACUUGUUCCUUAAUCAUGAUCGCAGUGAUAUGGAUAAGCGGGAUGCUUCUUGCCAUACCAUGCUUAUUGUAUUCAACAACCAAGGAAUACCGGUCAAAAGGAACUUUGAAAACCGCCUGUUUACUAUCCUGGCCUGAUGGGUUACCUGAUGUCUCGUAUAUGGAUUUUAUAUAUCAAGUUUUAUUCUUCGUGGUGACGUAUGCGGUACCAAUGCUUGGUAUGACGUUCUUUUACUCGGCAAUGGGCCGCGUAUUAUGGGGUUCGCGGUCCAUCGGUGAACUAACCCAACGACAGUUGGACUCGAUACAGUCAAAACGGAAGGUUGUUAAAAUGUUUAUCCUGGUGAUCAUCAUAUUCGGAAUAUGCUGGCUGCCAUACCACUCGUACUUUAUUUACACCCACUUCAAUCCUUCCAUAUUAUACAUGAAGUAUGUUCAACAUAUGUACCUCGGCUUUUACUGGUUAGCAAUGGCAAAUGCGAUGGUUAACCCCAUCAUUUACUAUUGGAUGAACGCCAAGUUCCGAUCAUAUUUUCGCACAGCGAUUCUGUGCAGAUGGCGGGACACGUGUUUCAGACGCAAGCGGCCGCUGCCCGACUCCCCACCGGACUACGUCUCGCAGUCGGGCAGUCGAUCCCGAUCAGGUUUUUACUCGUUAACGUAUAGAGGAACACAACGAAUCAAGAGGAAGUACAGCGGUCGUAUGGCAGCGGUCGUGGUGUCGGCAGCCCCCAGGCCCGCGCUCGCAGAGACAGAAUUCGCUUGCUAGCUGCCCCCCCUGCCCUCGCUGUCCGCACCGGA